UAACAGAUACAUAUUUCAGUGCUCACUAAUUAUUCAUUAAUGGUAGAGAAUAUUUUUGUUUUGUUUCUUCAAAAGCCUCAAGAGGGUUUUUGUUAUUAUAUCGUACUGGAAGGCUCAUUACUCCAAUUUUCUUUUCUCCGGAAUGUAGUGACUGUCUAACGCAUGCAUGCAUUCAUUUACUUCUUCAUAUUUUACUCUUAGUCUCGUGGUUAGUACUACCAAAAUCGACUGUUUAAGCCUCACUAAUAACUGAUUCAACAAUCAAUCCCCUUUAUUUAUUAAUAGUUAUUAGAUAAAUUCUUCUUAUUAUAUAUUCCCUUCCAAUUCUCUAUCAUAUUGACCACUUCUCUCUACUCUGAUCUCUCUCUCCAAAAUGGGAAAUGAAGAAGACUGCAACACUGGGCUUUGUCUUGCGGUUGGUGUUGGUGGAAGAUCAGAAAUGAAUAACAACCCAUCUUUAUCCUUCACUCUAUUUCCCAGAGGGGAAGUCAUGGAUGUUAACCAUUCUGAUUUUUCCCCAAAUCACAACGAAAGUUACAGUCGGAGAAAGAAGCUCAGACUCACAAAAGAGCAAUCAACUUUGCUGGAAGACAGCUUCAAAUUGCACAACUCCCCUAAUUCGUCCCAGAAACGGGCUCUUGCGGAGAGAUUGAAUCUGAAAUCAAGACAAGUCGAAGUUUGGUUUCAAAAUAGGAGAGCAAGGACAAAGUUAAAACAGACUGAAGUAAACUGCCAAUUGUUGAAGAAAUGUUGUGAAAACUUAAGCGAUGAGAACAGAAGAUUGAAGAAAGAAUUGCAAGAACUACACUCGCAAUUAAUUAUUUUCAAGGCAAUGUGCCCUUCAUGUGAGAAAAUGGUGAGAACAAGUGAAGGAAAAAAAUGAGGGCGUUGAAUUAUUAAUGUGGUCCUUUUAAACAAAUGACUACACUAAAGUUUAAUUAUGCUUAUUGUAGAUUUAAUAUUGGUAUGACUUUAACCUA